AUGCGCACAACAAUCAUCCUCUCCCUGUUCAGUGCAGCAACCGCCGUGCUAGGCGAGCAAUAUACCGCCAGAAAGCUCUACCAGCUAGACCCCGGAACAUGGAUCGAGAACUUCGCCCAGAAGGGCUCCUCCUGGUACACCCGUAUGACUCGUCUCGACAGCCCAGAAGUGCUCGAGGUAGACCCGACGCACCAGCACGGGGGUCCUCGAACGAUCUAUACAUUCCCAAAUGCAACAAACGCCACCGGCAUCACAGAACUCUCUACAGAUAACUAUGGUGUCCUGACGCUCAAUGGACCUCCCGAAAACGCAGCCGUUUCAAUAUGGACCUUCAAUACCACCGGCGAAUCAUCUGCAACACCUGUCAUCGAGAAUAUCGAAGGCGCCCAGAUAUUAAACGGUCUCGCUGCAUUCUCCCCCAGUAUCGUCUUCGCAGCCGAUAGUCCGACUGGUGCCAUUUACAGGAUCAAUCUUGAAUCCGGUACCGCGGAGAAGGUUCUUUCUGGGAAUGGGAUUACCCCUGGCGUUAAUGGGCUCAGAUACAAGCAGCCGUAUCUGUACUAUACGAACAGUCUGAAUGGCGUCUUUGGAAGGAUUGAGAUUGACCCAACGAGUGGUGAUCUAGUCGGCAGUACUGAGGUUGUAGUCAGAGGGGAUAUUCUGGUAGGCGCUGAUGACUUCGCGCUUGCUGGCUGGACAGACGCAGCCUUUGUGGCGAAUUUCCAGCAGAAUACGCUUGUUCGUGUGCAUAUUGGAAAUGGGACAGCAGAGGUUGUUGUUAGGGAUAUCCCUGCCCCGACCACGGCGACGUUUAGAUUGGGCGUCUUGUACGUUGGGACCAGUGGAACUGAGAGCGAUGGAGGAGCGAGCUUUUGGUCUGUUGUCGUUCCUGACCAGCAAACUGUUUGA